AUGGAUCGAGUUCGAAAAAGAAUGGCUGCACCCGGAGCUGUUGCUCAUCGGGCACCCCAAUUAGCGGAAAAGCGUGAAUUCGGGGAGAACUUAGGCAAUGUCUUGCAUAACCCCAUCCUCACAAUCAGUUCGGGCUUGAGAGAGAAGCAGCGAAAGUGGGCGUGUUCUUCAGCCUACAAUUGGGAAGAAGUGACGCUCACGAACAGCCACGAUUAUAAAAUCGCUAACUAA